AUGGCGACGGCUGUGCGGGGGUGGGGGAUUGGAGUGGUUGGGACGUGUUGGGUGCAGGUCAAUGGCCGUCGUGGAAGCGUCGCGGACUCGCAACACGGAGCACGGAGCGAGGCCAGGUGUCUUGCGGAGGCCGCCGCGCUAGUGGGCGAGCGGCUAGGCCUGAUCGCCAGCGCGCCGUGGGAGCUUCGAUCGACUCCCUGCGUCCGUCCUGCACCCUCGCGCGCCCGCUGCUCCCGACGCCCGACGAGCAUCGCCCCCGACGAGCAUCGCCUCCGACAAGCAUCGCCCCCGACAAGCAUCGCCCCCGACGAGCGUCGCCCCCGACGACCGACAAGCGUCGUCUCCGACCACCGACGAGCAUCGCCCCCGACCACCGACGAGCAUCGCCGACAAGCGUCGCCCCCGACGUCUGUCUCGACCGCAUCGCCGCCGCACUAA